GUCCAUUGUCUCCAUUCAACUCAAUCCAUGUGUCGUUUGUCUGCCAGACGUCGCCUCCAAUUACAUCCAAAUCAGGCGUUCUUUCUGUUGAUAAACCAGCGAUCGAUAGCAGCCGUGUCUACCACUAUGGGGGAGAUCUAUGAGAGGGAACGGGAUGAGGACGGCUUCCUGUAUGUGGUCUACGCUUCCCAAGAAGUGUUCGGUUGACACAUGUGUUCACUCAUACGAUAUGAUAUUUGGGCUCAUUUUGUGGUCAUAUAUCAUAUGAUAUAUACAGUAAUAUUUGAAUCGUUAUAUGAAUGCAUGAAUGGACUAAAACUGUAUAUAAGUUGUAUUUGUAAUAUAAAAACACUUCAAUUCAUUGCAGAAUUCUCUCCAAUACUUACUAUAUGUUUGAUUUUCAUUGACUGUAAUUUCAAAUAUAAUAUACAAAUUAUCCAAUUUUCUCUAUAUUUAAAUACACGUUCAAAAGGAUUUAAACGUAAAAUUAUCGAUAAAUCAGUCCUUAAUUGUUGG